AUGAUGGCUACUCAGACUCCCACUUCCAGCAUCGCCAUGGCCCUUGCCGGCAAGACGGCCUCUGUUGAUAUCCCCAAACCGCGAUCCGGUCACCUUUCUGCUGCCCACGCCUCUCGCGCCGGACGCUCUGGCAUGCUCCCUACUCCUCCGAACUCCAUCUCCCCCAACCUUGCUCCGCAUGGUUUCGGCGCUCGCGACGCCAGCCUUCUCCUGUCACCUCCCCUCGCCGCAUCGCACGUCGACUCGGAUAUCGACCUUGGCGACGCCGCGGACCAGAACAAUGCGACUGGCCCUAGCCUUGAGGCUGCUGGGGCAAUCACCCCAGGCAUGCUAGCCAAGUAUCAUCUCCCUGAGAUAUUGCUGCAACACGGCCCCUUGGCUAUCCGCCAUGUUAUGGGUUACUUGACAACAUCUGUCCCUGGUUUCUCGGGGAUCCCCCCUGCGAAAGCUAGGAGACUGGUCGUCGCCGCCCUGGAAGGUCGGGGGAGCGACGAUAAGGGUAACGCGUCGCAACGCGAUGUCGUUUACGAGAAGGUUGGAUGGGGCCGCUGGGAUGCCCGUCGUCGGGGUGAUCCGUCGCGCGACUCACAGAGACACGAAAUGUCGCCCCCGUCCAGCCUCUCUGAUACAUUCCAACGGAGCAUGGUGAUUCCAAGACGGGAUAGCUUGCACCCAUAUGCUCCGAGCGCAACCGGUGAAUCGGCUGUGUUCUCGUUCACCGAAACAGGAUUUGGUGGACGCGAAGAUAUGCUAGAGCACGAAGCGGACAAGAUGUCUCUAGAUGGCAUCGACCGCGACUACUGCUCUUCUUCCCCUGCUCCAGACGACGAAAUCGCAGACGAAGAUUGGGGCGAGGAAGAUGUCACAGACGAGGAGGACUGGGCGCAGAUAGGCGCAGCUGAAUUGCGCGCGCGCUCCAUGAAUGGCGCGGGUGGAUUCGUGAAUGGAAGACACCCGCCACAACUCCACGGCGGGGGACCCGCAUCGUCUUCGCUUGCAAAAUCGGCACCACGCGGUGUUCCCAUUCAGCAACUUGGCUUCUCUCUUCCCAACAGCCAGGAGCGGGCUGCAGUCGAAGCUCUUUUGCGUCUUGGAUCUAUGUGA